AUGGCGGCGCGGCCGCCCGCCCUCAGCUGGGCGCUGCCCCUGCUGGCGGCGCUGGCGGGCGCCGGCGGCCCCCAGAGCUUCGAGCUGCCGGGGGCUCCCAUCGACAACAUCGAGGUGAGCGGCGGCGGCGUGCUGGUGGCGGGCGGCAGCUGCCUCUACGAGCUGCGGCCCGAGCUGCGGUUCCCCCGCCGCGUGGUGCCGGCGGCGGCGGGGCAGGGCUGCGGGGAGCCCCCCGGCGUGCGCAGCAACCUGCUGCUGCCCUACCAGGAGGCGGGCGGGACGGGCGUCCUGCUGGCCGGCUGGACCCAGAAGGACGGCACCUGCCAGGUGUGGGAGCAGCCGGGCUAUCGGCUGCGCUUGAACCGCAGCGAGGUGGUCAGCUGCCUGCCUGACGGCUCCACCGCCGGCGUCGUCUUCCAGCUGGCCGGUGACUGGUACCUGGCCGUGGCGGCCACCUACUCGGCUGGCCGCUAUGGGAACCACCUGGGCUGCGAGCCCUCCCAGUCGGACGAGGCGACCGUCAUCACGGUGCGCAGCAUGGCCAACCUGGAGUCCAAGGAGGAGCUGGGCAUCAUCAAGCGCAGGGAAGAGCCUUUGCACUUCGUCGACGCGCUCCAGUGGGGAGACCACCUCUUCUUUCCCUACUACAGGUUGAAGGCCAGAUUGGGUGAGGACACGGAGCCACCCAGCAUGGCCGUCCUGCGCCAGCUGCGCCCCUCAGAGGGUGGCCUUACUUUGCAAGGGCACGUGUAUUUGGACUGCGGGUGCAGGAGCCUCAUCAUUUCCUCUAGCCUUGUCCGCCAAGGCGAGCGGGGCUGGUGGGUGGGAGUUUUCCGCCACAGCCAUGGUGCCAAGGCCUGGAACGCCACCGCCAUCUGCAUCUUCGGGAUGGAAGAGGUGAAGGAGCAAGCCUGCGCGUCCACUCACUUCGUCAUGAACGGGAAGGCCUGUUUUCAGAAGGAACCAUCAAUCAAGAAAUUACCUACCUUGAUUCACUCUGGAUUAGUGGCUGUUUACGGCACAGUUGUUUUGAAUCAGAUAGUUCUCUUUUUGGGAACAGAUGAUGGACAGUUACUGAAGGCUAUUCUUAAUGAGGAUAUGGAAUCUAAUUGUCCAGAAGUUUUAUACGAAAUUGAGGAAGAAACUUCUGUUUUCCCCAAACUUCGACUUGAUCCGGUAGAUAAUAACUACAUCUAUCUGUCCUCUGCCAAUAAGGUGCGAAGAAUACCAGUUGCAAAUUGCAGUAGAUACGUUUCUGAGCAAGAAUGCUUAUCUGCAAAGGAUCCCUACUGUGGGUGGUGUUCUUUGAAUCAAAGGUGCACAUUAAAAGAAAAUUGUACACGUUCAAACAGCAUAAAGGGUUGGUAUAACAUUUCACAUGCACCUGACAAAGAUCUGAAAAUCCUGCUAAGUUUCCCUGCCAAAAAUCAGGUUGCUGUGACUGCAAGCAUAAGCAAAAUCCUUACUUCCUGUAUGAUAAAAAUUGUAACACCUGUUGAAAUAUUUUAUGAAAAUGUAGUGCUGAGAAACUCAUCAUGUUUCUGCAAUCUAACCAGUCCAGUGAUAACUGAUAAGGAUUGUCUAGUUCUCGAAGCAUCGCUGUCCUCCACCUCUUGGAAUAUCACGCAGACAUUUUGGUUGAAAAACUGCUCACGAUGUAUGCACAAGGGUGAGUGUGCCAGCUGUAAAUGGAUGCCUGUCUCUCCUGCUGCCACCUGCCAGGAUAGUUGUAAUGCUGCUGCUUCCAAGAGGAUCACCACUGCACAGAAAACAGAGCAUAUCAGCAUUCAUUCCAUUGAACCUUUGUGGAUUUCUACAUUAGGCAAGAGUGAAAUAACGGUCAAAGGAGAAAACUUUACACACGCAUCAGGCAUAAAACUGAUCCUGACUGGAAUCACUGGCUGUAAACCAGACAUCAUUAAAGUUAGAAAUGUGCUAAACGAUACACAAAUGACAUUUACUCUCCCACCAACACGUAAAGAAGCCAAAAGUAUCUGUAUACAGGCUAAUGGGAAAAAAUGUUCACCACCGGUGACCCUGCAUUAUGUUUCACUGCCAUCGUGUUUUGGGAUCACACCAAAUACCUCCUGGAUCAGCGGUGGUCGCAAAAUUACUACGAUUGGUCGAAAUUUUAAUGUGGUGGACAGUGUGAUUAUUUCAGAUGACCAGAGGUCAAAUCUCACCGUCUCUAGGAGUCCUGGCAAUGAAUCUGAAUAUCAUUACUUGACACCAAGCCUGAGCCAUGCAACAGAGGGCAAAGUUGUUGACAUGAUGUUAAAAGUGGAAACUACCUUUAUACCGUGUGUCAAACUACACUAUCACCCUGACCCAGUGUUCAUUAACUACCAGCUGCACACUGAGCUGGAUCCUGAUCUGGAAUUGAAAAUAUAUAAAGAAAAUGACAAGUUGAAUAUUUCUAAAACUGAGGUAGAGGUUUAUCUGUCAUAUAUGAAUGGUGCACAGACCAAAAAGAUAUGGUUCAGUGUCCAAAAUAUUACCAAAAAGCCAGACCGUAGCACCAUACUGUGCAAAUUCAAAAGGGAAGGAACAGACAAGAUUGAUUUCUCCACGGUGAAAGUUUUUGUCAAGUUAGGAAACUUUGAGCAUGAAGUGAAACCAACAUCAUCACACAUAUAUUUAUAUGUCCUUAUUUUGCUACCAAUUAUAGUGUGUGUCAUUAUAGCAGCAUUUAUAGUUACUAGAUACAAAUCCAAAGAGUUAACUCGUAAACAGAGUCAGCAACUGGAACUGCUGGAAUACGAGAUUCGGAAAGAAAUACGUGAGGGAUUUGCAGAGCUGCAGAUGGAUGAAUUAGAUGUGGUGGAUAGUUUUGGAACCAUUCCCUUCCUUGACUACAAACACUUUGCUCUCAGAACUUUCUUUCCAGAGUCAGGAGACUUUGCAUCCAUGUUCAGUGAAGACAUGCCACAGAGCAGAGACCAAACGAGCAAGGAUGAAAGCUUCAACAUGUUGCAUGCUUUAAUUUGUAACAAGAACUUUCUUGUUACUCUCAUUCACACCCUUGAAAAGCAGAAAAAUUUCACUGUGAAAGACAGGUGCUUGUUUGCAUCCUUCUUGACUAUUGCACUACAAACUAAGCUGGUUUAUCUAACCCAUAUUUUGGAAGUGUUGACAAAGGACUUGAUGGAGCAAUCUAGCAAUGUACAGCCUAAGCUCCUGCUCAGACGAACUGAAUCUGUGGUAGAGAAAUUGCUGACAAACUGGAUGUCUGUCUGCCUCUCUGGAUUUCUCCGGGAGACAAUUGGUGAACCUUUCUAUUUGCUGGUGACAACCCUCAAUCAGAGGAUAAACAAAGGACCCGUUGAUGCGAUAACUUGCAAAGCCCUGUACACGCUCAACGAAGACUGGCUGCUGUGGCAAGUGUCUGAAUUCAAAACAGUGGCAUUGAACAUUAUCUUUGAAAAAAUCCCGGAAAAUGAGAGUGGAGAUGCCUGUCAAACCAUCCAAGUUAAUGUUCUGGACUGCGACACCAUAGGCCAAGCCAAGGAGAAGAGCCUUCAGGCUUUCCUUAAUAAGAAUGGCUUUCUUUACGGUCUUCAACUGGAUGAAAUUGGUCUUGAGCUCGUGUCUGAAGAGCGGCAAAGAGAGUUGUUAGACAUCGAUGGUUCCUCAGAGGUGAUGGAGGAUGGGAUAAGGAAGCUCAAUACCAUCAGCCAUUACGAGAUUUCAAAUGGAGCAACCAUAAAAGUCUUCAAAAAGAAAGCAAACACCCGAUCAGAUGUGGACUACUCGGAUGAGCACUGUCAUUUGAUUUUACCAGACUGCGAAGCGAACAAAGAUGUGAAAGGAGGAGGUCACAAAGGAAAGCAAAAAUUCAAAGUGAAAGAAAUGUAUCUGACAAAGCUUCUGUCAACUAAGGUCGCAAUUCAUUCAGUUGUUGAAAGGCUUUUCAGGAGCAUUUGGACUUUACCCAACAAUAAAGCACCCGUUGCCAUCAAGUACUUUUUUGACUUCCUGGAUGCCCAGGCUGAGAGCAAAAAAAUCACCGACCCUGAUGUGGUCCAUAUAUGGAAAACCAACAGUCUUCCUCUUCGCUUCUGGGUGAACAUCCUGAAGAACCCCCAGUUUGUCUUUGAUAUUAAGAAGACUUCACACAUAGAUGGCUGCUUGUCUGUGAUCGCCCAAGCUUUCAUGGAUGCCUUUUCUCUCGCAGAGCAGACGCUGGGGAAGGAAGCACCAACAAAUAAACUUCUCUACGCUAAGGACAUUCCACUCUACAAGAAGGAGGUGAAAGCGUACUAUAAAGCCAUCAGGGAUCUGCCUCCAUUGACCACUUCAGAGGUUGAAGAAUUUCUAACUCAGGAAUCUAAGAAACAUGAAAACGAAUUUAACGAGAAAGUGGCCUUGAAUGAAAUCUGCAGAUACAUAGUGAAAUAUUACGAUGAGAUUGUCAGCAAACUCGAGCGAGAACGGGGGUUUGAAGAAGUCCAGAAACAGCUCCAGCAAGUAAAAGCCUUAUUUGAUGAAAAGAAAAAAUGCAAAUGGUUUUGAGCAGAGAGCACUGACUCACAGCGUCGCUGUGGGGGAUUUCAAAUAAGAGCUACUGCUCCCAAAACUGUUUUGACUGACUUUAUGUACAGGGUUUGAAACAUUUGGACACUCUUCUCCGCUCUGACCAUUCCAAGCGACGCCUGCGUUUGGGACUGAAGGACGAGCAGGGUCACCUGUUCAAACGUGGGCACGUGAAAGGGAAAGCGAGGCUGGCCUCGGCAGGGACAGCAUUUUUAGGUACUUGAACACACAUAUACCUUUGGCUUCAAAAGUACUGCCUAAGUAAGCUUCCUGCUUGCUUCAAAACAAGCUCGCAGGAGAUGCACAAAACACACUGCAAGUUCAGCGGUGCCCGCGUGAACUUGUAGGUUGCUUCACUCUUUUUUUGAAGAGAGCGAGCUGCAGCCUCGCCACAUCCUUUUGGCAGCCCUGGCAAACUGUGGGGAUGUGCUCUGCCUGCAGAAUAUAGGUCGGCUACAGUUGCCUUCCUGCCUUCCUUCCUCCCAGGCAAAGCUACACUUCUUCCUAUUCAAUAGGAAAACAACCCCCACAGCACCAAAGUGACGCUUGGGAUGAGUGUGUUUAGAAGAAAAAGUAGGUCUGAGGUCUGAAGGCCAAACGUCCCACGGCAGGACUCUCCUUCCUUAGGUUAGAAAUUCCCCGUAGCAAAGUGAAGCCAACCGCUGGGGGCCAGGGGGGAGGCUUUUGGAGAAAGGCACUAGACCCGCAUCAGUCUGUGUUUACAUUUCUACCUUUCCAUCCUUAAAUAAGCUGUGAAACAGAUCGUGAGCAGCUUCACUUCACAACGCGGAACCUCUGUGCAGCUGUGCCGCAUCAGAACGCCGCCGGGAUUUGGUGGAGCAGCCGGUGGGCGGCUGCACUUUGGUGCACAAUCCUGUGCUCAGGUGCCUGCCCGGCCCCUGCAGCAGUGCUGGCAGUGCUGGCCAUCCCUCUACACUGGCCUCACAAAGCUAAAGCCAGCAGUUUUCGUUUUCAUGUUGUCCACCGAAAGGCUUUGGCAAAAGAGGGUUAGGGUAAGAAUACGUAGGAACACAAGAGCUGGUGUCAGCUCUGUGUAUGAGAAGCAUACAAACAUGAGAGCUCAGGUUGGGCUGGGGAGGGGGAACUGUCUGCCUUAGGCCUGCUGGGGUGUCUUUUUUUUUUCAGGCUUAGAAGUUUUAAGAGGAAGGCAUCCAUUACAUUUGUCUUGGUGGCCAUAGCCCAGCUGGCAAUGGGUGCAUGGCCAUGCUGCUGAGAGGAGGCUGGUGCCACGGUUGUGGUUCUGCUGCCGUGCCAGCACGGCCCUACCCUCCAUCACAGGGCUGAAGUGGUUUGUUGCCGUGGGCUCUGCUUCUGCCUCUCUGCCUCUCCUUGGGGCUGAGAUGGGCACUGAUGGGACUGAGAUCCAAUCGAUACAUUUCAGGGUUCUGUGCCCUGAGCUGGAGGUGCAGAGGCAGCCUGGGGGCCACAGGGAGAGCAAUCCUGGCUGUGGCAGCAGGGACAUGCCCCGGGCUGUGCAUGGCACAGGAGGCCCACAUGUAGCAUAGAGCUCAGCCAGAGGCAUGUAUGGAGCUGCCAGGUGCUGCUGCCAUGGCAGAGCCUGGGGGCUGCUGGCCGACAGCACUGAAGGCACUGGUUUGGUUCCAGGGGCUGCCAGAAAGUGGUACCAGGCAUAAGCCCCCAACCCACAGCCAGCCAGAGCUCAGGCAGCUCCCAGCCCGCCUUGGCAGCAGCAAGGGCCACCUGUUAACGUGGGGAAAAGCAAACACAAAGCCACGUUGCCUACUGGCCUGCACUCUCCCUACUCAGUGAUUGCACAAGUUGUAUCUCUGGCACACCCAAGAGGGCAGCCACCAACCCAUACUGUGAGUGAGGGCUUUUGCUUUCUUCUUUUCUUCUUCCUUUAACUCCAGUCUUACCCGUGCUGUUAAGUUUACACUUGAUGGAAUGUAUGGCUUUGGUCAGGAAACUGCACUACAACGUUGCAGUACUUUCAGCAGUUCUCUGCCUGGCACAAUAUAUUUUGGUAAGUUUAACUUUAAUUGGGGAAAAAAAACAACCCCACCCCAACUCUAACCUAUUUUGCCCUCUCUCCUAAAGGAGUGGACUGUGGCUUGAGUGGCACUUGAGCUUAGAAUACCUGUACUAAAGGGCUUGAUUUUUAUCAUUCUUAACCUAACAUUUUAAAGCAGCAUCAAAUAAAAAAUAUUGGGAAAAAAAUAAAGCACAGUAGUUCCUAUGAAAGGAGGGGUAGGAGCAGAUUUACUCUUUCCAGUUGGGCAUCUGAGCGGCUCCGUUCCAUGUCAGGUGGUUGCUGGCAGCGCGUUUGAAUGAACUGUGAUGGUUUUGUUCAACAGUAACCUUCUGUACAGGCAGAAAGGAAAAAAAAUCCCAAACAUUUCUGCUUGAAAAAAAACUGUAAAAUAUAAUCUGUUUGCGUGGGUCUGAUCCUGUGAACUUCACUCUAUGUGUUUAUAUGAUGAGGAAAUGAAAAUCAGUCCUAUUCUGUAUUUGUACUACUGCUUGUUGGCUACAAUAGCUUUAAUGAUUUCUAGAGAUUAAGUAUGUGUUGAAGCAGGCCCUGUAGCUUUAGCCUACAGCCUGGAAUAGGAGUAUUGCCUUUUAUUCAAGCCUCCUGAACAGCGUCACUCUGUUAGUAAACCAUUUAAAGUCAUGUUGGGACUUUGUAACCCAUCAAGUGGAUCUCACGAAGUGAUGUGGAGUAUAAUUAAGUGAUUGUGGCUCUUUUGGUAGGUUUGGGUCAGCACACAGAAACACUGGCACACCUUCUGUAUCUGCAAGUCGCUGUUAUGGUGACACGGACAAAAACAACAACCUCUGACUAAAGCUGUAUUACGGCAACCCAGCAAUUCUGAUAGCACUCUCUGAAAUGAAAGCAAACUUCUAACUCCUUUUCACAUGUUUACAGGCAAACAGCUUAUUUUCUAACACUAGCUUACAGAGCAUUAUUUUGCAGUCAUCUAGUUUAAAGUCACAUCUUACUAAUGUGUAAAGUAAUUCCUGUUGUACAGAAGUUAACCUGUUGUUUAAAAUGAAUGGUUAAAAAAAAAGUGCAGGUGACAAAUCCAUGUUGGUGUUUGUAUGGGUUUAUCUAGAAUAAAGUGCA